AUGACUGCAGUUGAAAUAUUGUCAAGAGCUCCUUUUGUGGAGUUACAACGUAAAUUUUGUGAGUGUGAUCCCUUGGGAAGAAAUAGUGAGGGAUGUAAAUAUACUGCAGAGUUAGCAUACAAUUUUUCUAUGGCAUAUUCUAUAACUGGAGAUAAAGAUUCAAAUAUAAUUCCACUUAUGGAGGGAAUUUGUACUGCAGCCUUAAGUGUGGUUUCAUUAUACCCAAAAAUUUUGGGUGAAAAUUUUAUUUGUACUAUUUUAAAAGAUGACUUAAUAGGAAGUUCUAGUGCAUCUUUAAAAUUAUGGCAACAAGAUUGCCCAGAAACAAGAACAGUUGAAGAAUUUUUGAUUAGAGAAAUUGAUAUACAUGGAUUAGAAGAAUUACGUAGUAAUAGAAGUAGUGCUGUUGUAAAAUUCUUGUGGAUGAUAAGAGCUUUGAAUUUUAUACUUAAAUUUUUAGAAAAUGCAGUUACUGGGAAUUCAGAUAAUUUAUUCUCUGCUGCAACAAAUGCAUAUACAACUGCAUUAAAACCUUAUCAUGGAUUUAUGAAAGCUGGUAUAGUUAAUUUAGCAUUACAAUUAUGCCCUAGUAGAAUGAAAUUCAUGGGAGCAUUGGGAUUUCAAGAUAUGGAUGUAGCAUUGGAUAUUUGUAGAAGACUAAUCCAAGUAUCUAAACCUUGUAUUGAACAGGUUAAUUGUUUAUUAAUAAAGUAUAAUUGUAAUUUCCCAGAUAAAGUAUGA